AUGAAGCGCCCAAGGGCUGAGCGCUCUGGCGCCGACGCGGACCCCGGCGAAGACCGCGCCAGCGCUCGCAUCCGCGGAGACUCACUGCUGGGCCUUCAAGUGGGCGAUGACGCGGAGGAGCACAGACGGGACGACGGCAGUCAGCUGGCGGAUGCGCCGUUCGAGGUGUGCGAGGAGCUUCAGAGCGCGGGGCACAAGCCGUUCAGGGAGGCGGCGCGCGUGAAGGACAAACGCGUGUUCAAGAGAGGGACCAAGAACCAGCCGAUGGAGAUGUCGUCAAAACGGCCUGUUCCGAGGCUCAGGGUGGCGGAGGGGGGGCCUGGAAAGCGCUCUUGUGACCCUCGUUUCGAGACUUUGUGUGGUGAAUUCAGCAUGGACCGCUUUAGAAAGCAGUAUAACUUUCUUUACGACGAGUGGAUGCCUCAAGAGAGUCAGCAAAUCAAGAAGAAGAUAAAGAAAUGUCGCAACACAGAACGGAAGAAUGCAUUGAAGGCAAAUUACGCACAGCUACUACAGCAAAUAAGAGACGAAGAGGCAAGGAAAGACAGGGAAGCAUGGGAGCAUGAAUGGAAGGCCAAGGAGAAGGAGGCUGUGAAAGCGGGAAAGAAGCCUUACUACCUCAAGGAGAGCGAAAAGGUGAAAAUGGACCUUGUGCAGAAGUACAAUCGCCUGAAGGAACAGGGUGGACUGGAGAAGUUCAUGAAAAAGAGGAGAAAGCGUGCUGCUGCAAAGGAACAACUUGCCAACAGGAAAAGGAAAGGGGCCCCAAAGCGACGAAGCUAG